GUGGGAUGACCAGAGGUACUGGGGAAGCUGUCACUGAGUACACGGAAGGCACCCCAGAAAGCCUGGCUACAGCUACUAUAAGCACCACUGGAAGAAGACCUGGAGAAUGUCCUACAGUACCAGAAUCAGGCUCAUGUCGCUUUAAAAAUAAAUACCACAAGAUUGGAGAAACAUUUAAUGACCCAGACAAUCCAUGCCUCCACUACACCUGCACUGUAGGAGGCUUUACAACAGAAAUUGAAGAAUGUCCUGGACAGAACUGGUGCAGCAAUGAAUCCAGACUAUAUCAUGUGGAUAAAUGCUGCUAUGAUUGUGUAAACAGAUGUCAACCAACUCCUGUGAGGAUACAAGUUAGUGCAAAUGGGUGUAAAGGUUACAUCACAAUGGCAAAGUGUAUUGGUGACUGCAAAAAAGAAACCAUGUUUGAUGAUAUUGAUCGUAAGGUAGUGAAUGAGUGUUUAUGCUGCCAGCCAAAGGAACAUGAAAUCAAAAGUAUCCCAAUUUUCUGUCCUGGAGGAAGAUCAGAAGUGUAUACAUACAAACACACUGUUUCCUGCAGCUGCCAGGCCUGUGGCCCUUAACAUAUUUUUAAUAGUUUUUUCCUACAUUUACUGUGGUUUUAGAUUUUUCUGAAUUAAUAAUGAUUAAAAACAGUAGUAAGACAAUAUUUGUGUAUUAAGCAAGAUUAAUGUUCUCAGUAUCUUUGAAAUAUACAAAUCAAAACAAGAAUAAAUACUACUUUGCAGUUA